AUGAAAGCUGGCCUGUCAGUUGCCUUAUUCUUUUGGGCACAAAGGACGCCUUUCCAGUCUUUUCUUGCGGUCCGUCCUGGCUCCUGGUGCGUUCGCGAGUCACGUUUCGCGGGGCCAAGCAAAAUGAACAGACGGACUCGGACUUCCGCAUGCUUGCCACGUUCCGGAGAUGUUCGAGUUUCCAACAGUUGUGUAGUGAGGAAGAGUGUAUUCAGCGGACAUGCGCAGCGCGGUUUGCCAGCAGAUGUCGGACCAGUUGCAGUCCCAGCAGGAAGUUUUCAUACUUGUGCAGGGCGAUCAGAUGGUCAGCUCGUUUGCUUUUUGGGCGGAACGGUGAUGGGCAGUGGGACGUGGGACCAGUUUCAGCAGUCUCAGGCGGUUAUCAUACUUGUGCAGUGCGAUCAGAUGGUCAGCUCGUCUGCUUUGGACUCAACUAUGGUGGGCCGUGUGACGUCCCAGCGGACUUGGGACCAGUUUUGGUGA